GGGCCAGGCGAGGCUGAAAGUCGGCUGCUGACCGGAGCAACAUGAUCACCUUACCGUGUUGCUCGGUCUAUUCUCAAACACAGCACUGCCCACCACCGCCGCCAUUCCUGCACGCUCCUACACAUCGUCUCGACAAUGCUCCUUGUCCGAAGACGCCCUGAUGCCGGCGCACGAUCCGCCAUCCUCGAGGACAAGCUCAAUAGGUAGCGCUGCCUCCGAGCAGAAGCAGCACAUCAACAACAAUGCCGCUCUGCGUGGCGCGACACUGGCAUUCGGCCGCCAACCGCCGCAACCUCGAGCGAAGCCGAAGACAAUAGUAGGAGCUGGUGCGGGAAGUCAUGGUGCAAUGGCUGCAGCGGCGAGUGUCAGGGGAAGAGAUGCUGAGCAGAGUCCAAGUCGCGCGUUCACGCGAGCUCCACUGUCACGACCGGGAUUAUCGGAUGAGAGCGUCAACGCUGGCAUGCCGACUGGGCCGAUGGUUGGUUCGCAGCAGUCGAACACGAGCGGGAAUGGGCAACAUGACCGGCGUACAGUGCAGGCAUCAGCGCCUUCACAAUCUCAGCAGGCUGCUGUACUGGCAGCAGCUCGUGCGAAGCCAACCGCACCCACAAAAGAUGUGCGACAAGCGGCGCGUAAUGCUGAGAGACCCGCCGUAAAUCCGAAGCCUAGGCAGUAUAGCGAGGGACACCAAGAAACUGCUCCGGAGUUGACAGACAGACCGACUGAUUCAACACCAAUCGCGCCUACAACCUCUCUCGUUCACUUAUUCGAGGAACGGUCGAGAGCUGCUGCAUCUCCGGCAGAGAGAUCCGAGCCUACUGUGAUCAAGCCGAGCCAGGACCUACCGCUGAGGAGCCCCAAGCCUGUCCGAUCGGGUGGUAUUACUUCCAUGAUACAGUUGGAGCUGGAACAGCGGAACCAGAAGGAGAAUUCAGAAAUUAUGCCAAAACGAGACAUUUCUCCAGCUAGCCUGCACAAUGCGCAAGCACGCCCUUCGCCUGGUGAUCGAUUGAAGUCGCAUACCGACACCAAGCGAAGACCGCAACCUUCGCCCUCGCCAUCACGCCCCAGUGCAACACAGUCGAUCCCAAUCAGGCAGCUUCCGUCCCCGCGACCAAUGAGUGCACAGUCAACAGGAAUGUCUGUCUCUUCAAUGCGCUCGCAGUUGUCCAUACCUGCUCAGUUCAAUGCUGCCAAUCCUCGCAAGUCGACUCCACUUCGGACUGGAGACGAAUUAGCAAACGCCCUUGUUGCAUCGAGCCUAGCAUCAUCUCGGGCCCCCAGUCCCACGCGUUUAGAACCGCCUCCAGUACCGACACGAAGAAGAAAAGGCCACGGUUCCAAGUUUUCCUUCUCUAGAACUCCGAGCCCAACGAAGAAUGGCAUGCUACAGACGCUUCGCAAACAAGACAGCUCAUCCUCUUCAGACUCUGAAGAUGACAGUCACCCUUAUAGAAAACAUCAUAAACGCCGGCUAGUCCGCAAGCAUCCGCACAAACACCACGAAGGCGACCGGAAACGCUGGCGCGAAAUUGUAACGGAACGAGAAAGAAAGCGGUACGAAGGUGUCUGGGCCGCGAACAGAGGUCUUUAUUGUUCUCUUACUCCCGAUGAGCAGAAUCUCUUCCGAACGCAACCUUCAAGUCCUCGAACGUCAGAGAUCAAAACUGCAAUCAAUGAUUCCGUAUCUAAUAUCGUUGCGCGGGACAUUUGGAAACGCUCACGUCUGCCAGGGAAUAUCUUGGAGUUGGUUUGGAGUCUAGUUGAUACAGAUCGGGUUGGAAGACUGUGUAAAGAGGAGUUUGUGGUGGGCAUGUGGUUGAUUGAUCAGAGGUUGAAAGGGAGAAAACUUCCCAGUAAAGUAUCAGAUUCUGUUUGGGCGUCGGUGAGGAGUAUUGGACUUAAAGUGAGAAAGUGAGGAAGUGAAACACUUGUUGUAUAGUAGAGGCGGCACAGUUUGAUUCGUUGCUCCACGCUGUAGAAGAAAGCAUUAGACAAUGAUACUCGGGUAUAUAUUGUACAGAGAUGCGUUCGAGGAACUGUGAAGUCCCUCAAAUCAUCAAUCUCA